AUGGAAACCGCUAGAUUGAUCGACGUCCCUGAGCACCUCGUCAGAAAAUGGCGGAAGUUAUUCCAUUACCGGGACGCUAACCAUGACGGAUUUAUCACCGAGGAAGAUUAUGUGGAUUACGCGGAGAACUUUGUUCAGAAGUACGGCGAUAGAGUUCUGGCGGUACGAGAAGUCAAGGAACUAUUAUGGGACACUGCCAGUCUUUUUGCGGACAAAACAGGGGUGGAUGAGGAAGGUUAUGUGAAAAGUUUCAGCCAUCUCUGGAAGCAUGACCGCGAGUCUUUUAUGGCGAAGAUUGAAAAGUAUUGCAAUUUGGUAUUCGACGCCAUUGACUUGAAUGGCGACGAUUCCAUUUCAAAAGAAGAGUACGGUUUUUAUCAAAACUGCUUUGGGGUAAUGAACACAGAUUACAUAGAGCUCAUGUUCUCUUAUCUGUACACUAAUGGCGACUGUAAAAUCAGCCGACAGGAGUUUGUCAAGCCAAUCAUGGAUUAUGUCUUUAAAAACGCACCUGAAGACAUUCCAGUUAUGUACGAUGCGGAGAAGGCAGCCAACUUUCGAUUCACAUAA